CCUACAUUGUGCAUUCACAUACAGUGACCAGGAAUCUGCAACUCACAGAGGAGGAAUCCAGUGGAAGAUGCCUCUCAAAAUAAGCUCCUUUCCCAGGCUGAUGAAGUGUCAAUAUCUUAUUUUAUAUUUCUUCUGCUUCCACACUGGAAAAGUGAUCGUUGGAGGUGAAUUUAUAUUUUGUGGAUACCUACAAGGCAACAUUAAUACAUAUCAUCACGAUAUUGGCCCUGGGCCCUGUUCUCUGAAAGUGUCCAUAAACCCAGCUGGCUUAGAAAUAAAAGCUCAUCUCAUUGAGAACGGUCUCUCAAUCUGUACAGAAGAUGUUGCAGCAACUAGAUCCAAUGCUUUGUCAGAAAUCUGCAUCACUUGGAAAGAACGCGUUGACCAACUGGUCAUAACCCGUGGCGAUGUUGUUAAAUCCUAUUCAACUGCCAUGGCCACUGGAGCGAAAUGUUGUCAAAAUUUCAUUCUUACCAACAGCAUUUCAAGUAAUGAUUCAUCGCUGCUGAAUGAUAUCAUUUACAUCAAUGGAACAGACUUCAGUCCUGUUCACAUCAAAAAUGCUUCUUAUUUACAAUUUACAGGAUCUGAAAGAGCAUGUGAAUCACUAUUUUCUGACUGUACAAAUCAGAAAGAGAAACUGACUCAACUCGCAGGGAAAGGGCCAUUGAAACAAAAUGAUGCUCGUUAUGCAAUUCUACUGACCGACAGAAUCCUGGAGGAAUGCAAUGAGAGCAUUUCAGUCGGCCUGGAGUCUGAGCUAAGUAAGGUAAUGAUGGAAACGGACUUUUCCAAGGACUGUGAAACCUUUGUAACUCCAAAUGUCAAGGCGGCCGUGAUCAAAGUUGGUUUCCAAAGCAAUACAGAAUUUGCUGUUACUGCCAAUUUCUCUUGGAUGGGUCCUGAUGGUCAGAUGAUGUUUGCUGCUGUUCAGUUUCAAUUGGAAUAUAGGCUCAGCCCAUCUCUUCUUCCGAGAGCCGUUCUCACUCAAUUCAAGCAGAAAACCUCACUCCAGUGGGAGCUUUGUCCAGUGCCUGGAUUGCACUGUGACAACAGAGGCUGGGAGGACCUGACGGCCUUUGGCAGCUCAUCCAGAGCUCAGACUGUUCAGACUGUUCUGCGAAUUGUUGUCUCAGACCCCCAUGAUAGAGGACAGGAAGGACUGGGAGGCUGUGCUGUCUGUGGGUUUCACAUCCUACAAUCCAGCAUAAAAGGCUUUGCUGAUUAUCUGAUCCUUGGUGACAGUCGAACCAGCAGGAGGGAGUGGCCAGAGAAGAACUCUGGUUUGACAUCAGUGGAUCUGACCAUGAACACGCGGGAUCCAAUCAGGAAGUCUAUCCUGGAACGGAUGGACUUGUCUGGCCUCGACCAGUUGUAUCCACACGGUGCCCCAUCUGCAAGGUUGCUGACGAUGUUGUGCAGCUUGGAGUCUUUUAUUGUUUUCAUCAGGAGUCUGGACAAAGCGUCCAGUUUGCUGUCGGCCCUGCUGAUCGCCCACCUGGAUUGA